ACUGUCCCGGUGAUGCUCUGAUUUAGAAUAUUACAGAAUUUUAUACUUUAUUUUACCACAGACUUGUCGUUAUAAUUUAUUACCAUAUACACCGUGUUACUAGAUAAUACUGAUACAAUGCCUGAGCUCUGGUUAUUAGGAUAAAAAGAGCAGAUCCGACCCUGCAGCGACUCGGGCGUUAAGAAAGAGGUGUGUUGCAUUGCUGCACAAAAGAGCCCCCGCCUGCGGCCUUCAACCUCGGCAGCGAGUCAAAAUAGAUCAGUGACAGUGGGUGCAGUGUAUCAUUGCCUCUCUGGUUGACUUCACCCUCAAAGAUGAAGCUGAAGGAGGAUAUGAACCCACUGCUGCUGCAGGUCUUCCGCUCAGUCGUCUGGGUUUACUCCUUCAUCACCUUCAUACCCUGGUACUUCUUCUCCGGAGCUGGAUCCAACCUGGAGCGAGCUCGUCGGCUCAAGGCACGCUCGAUCAGUGGACACCCUUCGGGGCCUUACAGGGCUAUCAACAGCCAGGAAAAGCUGGUGGCAUGGCUGCACCCUGGGGUGGACACAAUAGAUAAAAUGUUUGAAUAUGCUGCAGGGAAGUUUGCAGAGAGGAAUUGUCUGGGUACCAGGGAGGUGCUGAGUGAGGAAGAUGAGAUCCAGCCUAAUGGGAAGGUCUUCAAAAAGGUCAUUCUUGGCAACUACAACUGGCUGUCUUAUGAGGAGGCGUACCAGGCAGCGAAGUGUUUCGGCAGUGGUCUGGCGGCUCUGGGUCAGAGGCCUCAGUGCAACAUCGCCAUCUUCUGUGAGACCAGAGCAGAGUGGAUCCUUGCAGCACAAGCCUGCUUCAUGUAUAAUUUUCCAUUGGUGACCCUGUACUCCACUCUUGGACCCACAGCCAUCGCCCAUGGCUUGAAUGAAACCGAGGUCACACACAUCAUCACGAGCAAAGACCUGCUUCAGAGCCGUCUCAUGGCCAUACUGUGCGAUGUACCCAGACUGCGCUAUGUCAUCAUCGUCGACAGUCGACCAACCAGUUGGCCAAACAUCCCCAGAGGCAUUGUGGUGCUCAACAUGGAUGCUGUGAAAGAGAUGGGGUCCAAGCCUCACAACAUCGCCGUUAGCCGCAAGAAGCCAGAGCCCUUGGACAUCGCUGUCAUCAUGUACACCAGCGGCUCCACAGGCAUCCCCAAGGGUGUCAUGAUCUCCCAUGGCAACAUCAUUGCUGGAAUCACCGGCAUGGCUGAGCGGAUUCCUAACCUCAAUGAAACAGACACCUACAUCGGCUAUCUGCCACUGGCUCACGUUUUAGAGCUCAGCGCUGAGCUGGUGUGCAUCUCUCACGGCUGUCGCAUCGGCUACUCCUCCCCUCAGACCCUCGCAGACCAGUCCACCAAGAUAAAGAAGGGCAGUAAGGGGGAUACCAGUGUGCUGAAACCAACACUAAUGGCUGCUGUACCAGAGAUCAUGGACCGAAUCUACAAGAAUGUGAUGACAAAAGUGGAGGAGAUGAGCCGAUUCCAGAAGACACUCUUUGUGCUGGCUUAUAACUAUAAGAUGGAGCAGAUCUCAAAGGGUUACACCACACCUCUUUGUGACAGUCUCGUAUUCAAACGGGUGCGUGCUCUCUUGGGAGGAAACACGCGGGUGCUGCUUUCAGGCGGAGCUCCACUGUCAGCUGCCACACAGCGCUUCAUGAACAUCUGCCUGUGCUGCCCUGUGGGUCAGGGCUACGGCCUGACCGAGACCUGUGGAGCCGGCACCAUCAGUGAAGUGUGGGACUACAGCACAGGACGUGUUGGUGCUCCUCUGGUUUGUUCAGAGAUUACGCUCAAGGACUGGGAGGAAGGUGGUUACUACAGCACAGACAAACCUUUUCCAAGGGGGGAAAUUGUCAUUGGAGGUCCCAAUGUCACCAUGGGUUACUACAAAAAUGAAGGAAAGAACGGUAAUGACUUUUUUGUGGAUGAAAACGGUCAGCGGUGGUUCUGCACAGGAGACAUCGGAGAGUUUCACCCAGACGGAUGCCUCAAGAUCAUCGACCGUAAAAAGGACCUGGUGAAACUGCAGGCGGGAGAGUACGUCUCUCUCGGAAAAGUGGAGGCUGUUUUGAAGAAUUGUUCGCUCAUAGACAACAUCUGUGCCUACGCCAACAGUGACCAGUCGUACGUGAUCAGCUUUGUGGUGCCUAACCACAAGCAGCUGAUGGCGCUGGCGGAGCAGAUGCACGUGAAAGGUACGUGGGAGGAGAUCUGCAACAACCCCCAGGUGGAGAAUGAGGUCCUCCGCAUCAUUACAGAGGCUGCUGUUGCAGCAAAACUGGAGCGCUUCGAGAUUCCCAAGAAGAUCCGUCUGAGUGCAGAGCCCUGGACACCAGAAACUGGCCUGGUCACUGACGCUUUCAAAUUGAAACGCAAGGAGCUGAAAUCACACUACCAGGAGGACAUAGAGAGGAUGUACGGAGGGAAAUAACACACAGACUCACUCCUAUUUGACAUAGAAACAAGUACACACAUCUCUACUCAUACACAAAGAGCUCAGAGCCACUACCAGGACUACUUAGAGAGGAGUUCUACCUUCGAUACAGGUAACACAAACACAUGUAUACACUUUACAGACACGUGACAUCUCAUGCACCUCCUACUGGCUUUCCUGUGACCAGAUUUGAUCAAAGAGGAGAUAAAAAAACACUUGUCUCAUCCAAGACCAAGAGGCGACAACUGAGCUGAGCCCCGUCUUUGAUGGAUUAAGCCCUUUGCGUUGUUAUGACAACAGAGGCGGCACAUGAAGUGGGACGUGUGCGAGGCUUAAAGUGAAACAAACGUCUGUGUAUCUGGAUCAAUGUCAGCGCACCCUCCCUGUUGCUUUUCUCCCUCUUCCUCAUUCCUUUCUCUUCCUUCGCUGUCUGCGGUCCAGGACUGGACGUGCAGAUGACAUGGCAGGGACUCUGGGUAGCAUGAGCUUGAUAGAGGAGAUCCCUGCUGGGCUUUAAGUUACAUUCAGGUAGGAAUCAAUGCAGGGAUCUCUAUUUUAUGUUUCUGUUUAUGUGCUCUCUUCAUGUCUGGCUUUGAAACCCAUUCGUCUGUGAGUUUUCAUGUGGGAGGAAUCUGCGUCGCAAAGCCAUGAGAGAUUGAGGUUUUAGACAUUUUGAAGUACUUUUUCUUACUGUUUUUAUUUUGUAUCUUUCUGAUGUUUGUUUUUUUUUUUUUUACUUUUCCUCAUCCUCCAUUUUUUACUGCCAACUUGUUUAUGCUAACUGUAUUUAAAUGAGCUUUGUUUACAGGCUUUUUUAUGUCCUUCUCUUAUUUGCCCGUUUCCUGAAGUUUGUACCUUUUUGAGCGUGCGUUUACUAACUUGAUGAUAGAAGUGAUUCGGAGGAGUUAUUUUUAUCUGCUUUUGGCCUUUGCAGCUGAUACAAAUGUCUUUUUACAAAGGCAUCCAUUGAGACAUUUUCUGUCCUGCACUUUGCCCCAUAGCAUCAUUUAUUCUAGGGGUGUACUACAAAGUGAGAUCAGUAUGUCCAGGCUUUCUUCAGAUAAUCAGCGAGACAAAGCCUGAAGCUCCAGUUAAAGACACUUUCGGGCAGGGGUAGGGAAAGGGGACAGAAGCACUGCAGAAUUGUUUAUUAAUUUGUAUAGGCUAUUUACCAAUUAGCUGGCAUUAGUUUAUGCAUAGUUGUCAUUAAUUUCUAAUGUAAAAACUUCACACAGUACAACUCGUAAACUUUUCAGUUACAACCUUGAUUUUAACUGUAUAAUCAUAAAGUGUAGUUAGGUCUGAUAGCUAUUUACUUCAUAAAAAUAGUCUGCACUGAAAUAACUGCCAAACUGAAGUUUAUUUGUAUUUAAUAUGUGAUGAUAACUGAAGACUAAUCAAUUUUGUCAACUGUACUUCUGCUGUAAAAGCAGCUGUUUUUGACUAGCUCUGUAGGAUAGAUUGACCAAACAUGAAUUGCUAGUUUCCCAUGAUGCAGUGUUCUCAUCAUUUUCUUACUAUAUAGAUGAUCUGCUGACAGUAAACAUGUGGAGCCGACAUGAACAAACAGGUAAAACAGGAUGUAUACAGUGCUUCUUAUACAUACAGUAGGCUUAUGUGCCACUGUGACCUCACAGCUCUUUUCUGUGGCAUUAGGGAUAGAGCAGGCCCCCAUGUACAGAAGCUACAGUCCUUGAUGCACUGGUGGCAGGUUUGAAUCUUGAUCUUGGUGCUGUUUAGUGCUUAAUCUUAUCAUAUCUGUUUCUGAUCUUUCAGAUCAGAUUAACAGUUCACAGAGGUCAUGUUUUGGUUUGUACCUCAUUUUUCUUGGAUCACAGUCCAGUAUGGGUUCAGUUCAUCAGGAAAAAAUUAACCUAAAGUCCCAGAUUUAUGACUCUAGAUUUUAAUUAUUCCAUUUAACUGGCAGGCAGUAGUGAAGCUUACAGUUUGUUCCAUCUAGUGUGAUAGUUGGUACAGCCUGUGCUGUAUCAAUCAUAAAACACUAAAAAGGAGGAUAACGAUAAAUGUGACGCAAAAUAAAAAGCAACACAGAAAUGAAUAGGAUUUGGAAUGAUGAAAUAAAAAAGAUAAUAAAAUUAAAUUAAAAGAACUAUAUGUGCAUUCUGGAGCGAUGGAACAUAUUUAGGAUUUUCAGAGUGUACUUUGACACCAUCACAUUGUUGUAAGUAAAUACCUGGUGCCAUGGUUAGUCAUGCAAAAUCACUACUUGUGUUUGCCAAUGAAGAGCCCCUUGUUGACUAAUGUAAACAACAAGAUUGGAUGUUGUAAUGGAGCCUAAGCAGAGCACUUAAAUACCCACUGGUAGCUAGUGUUCUCCACUUCUACAUAUCUGUGCAAUGCCUUAUAAAAUGUAUCAGUAUCCAUAAUCUCUUUGACUCUUACUGCUUUUACAUUGAGAGGCUUAUUAAAACCAGCCUGAACAGAUGAGAAACCAGCAGGUCUUGUAGCUCUAGUAGCUCCGCUGCUCUUGCUACUGACGCUAACUUUUCUUCUUCAUGUGUUUUGUUGUGUCUGCUACUUCCUCUUCUCCAUUAGCUGUUUAACAGCAUUUAAAAAAAAAUGUUACGAGUGUUACUGCCACCGAGCAUGCAAAAUGCAUUAUACAUUUCAUGACUAUAUGCACUAAACUGUGAUCCCUGAACGUUACACCUCUACUCCCUUUUUCCAUCUUAUCCGAUAAAGACAGAAAGAAGGGAUGAACCAGUGCAUCUGUUUAACAUUAGUAUCGACCGAUAUCAACCUUUUGACAAACAACAGCCACCUGCAAAUGAUGUGGUAAGAACCAAUAUCAGUGGCAGAUGUUUAUCUGUUAUGUCCAGUCCAUUUAAUCCUUGCAUCUAGUCCACCUACCUGCUGAAUCAAAGAGAAGUUCUUUAUUAGGCACCUGUUGGAUAAUCUGUUUUCAUUGUCAAACACAUUAGACAUGUUGCAAAAUGGGAGUUAAACCAGUUGAUCUCAGAACCCGGAAAUUUGGAGAGGCUAGCGGGAUACGUCAUCCUGAACUCCCCAUAAAGUCAGAAUUCUAAUUCAGAAACUCAGAGGAACUCCAGUACCCUGAGUUACAAGCAUGUUGUAGCUGGACUGGAUCAACUUGAGUGUGAUGUCAUUUUGAGCUGCAACAUAUAACACCCUAGGUAAAUGGCACACAGCAUUCCACCAAAACACUUUUAUUUUGAACCCCUGUAUCAGCACUUGUUUUCACAAUCAGUGCAACUCUAGCAGAAAGCCUGGAUGCACAAUCCAAAAAGGAAAGGAAAAAGGAACACUGCAAUUUCCAUAAACAUACUCCUAAAACUUAAAAGAAUUACACUGCCUGCAGAGACCAUUCUGGGUAAUUUAUACUUAGCCCUCAAUCUUCCUUUGUGGUACACCUCCUCUGUAUCCUAUCAGCUUUCUAAACGCCUCCCAACUUGUGUCUUAAUGGUGUUUUUGUUGGAUUCACUGACAUACUGUAGCCCUGCCACAUCUGCCACAUACUCAAUCAUGACCAAUGCACCAUAUGGAUGUCUCCAAGGGAAGUUAGCCUACUGUAGAAGAAUAUUUAGACUUUCUUUUGCCCUCCUUAGCUCCUUUUUUGUGCAGCUGUACAUGUUGUUCUCUUAGCUAUAGGUCUAGCUUAUUGUUACUUUUAUCGAUCUUUUUUAUACUUACGAAUAUUAAAUACAAAAUGAAUGUGCAAUAUUUAUACACAAAUUUUAAACUUGCAUAGGUAGGAAAAAAGCGCACAGACAGCAGCCCCUCCAUAGUGUAUGAAUGUGUAGUAACUUUGCAGUGCAUAUUUGAAGAGCAUAAGCAUAGGAAUCACAGACAGGACGGUAGAGAGACACUGAUAGAGAAGUCGUGCUGUAGCCCUUUCUAAACGUACUGUGCUAAACCAUGUAAAGACUGUAAAGUGAAAAAUGUACUAUCUGGCAUUGUAGAAAACUGCAUGAAGAGAAAUGUGCAACCGUACCAAAGCAGAAGCUUGAAAAUAUAUAUUUGAAAGAGAAAUGAGAAAGUUGCACUCCAGUCGAACAACUGAAGAAACUCCUUAUUUAAUUGUGAGUGUAUAGCAUAAACUCAAAUAUUUCUGUAUCUUUAUUUCAACUGCUUUAUGUGUAUGAUACUGUAUGUGUAAUGUAUAUAAAAGGGUUUUACAGUUCUCUGAUGUUUAUUUGACCUCCUGUGUAACUUUAAUGGCUGUAGGUUUUCAAAUUAACAGUUAAAUUCUCUGAAUGGCUUUGAAACACUUUGCUUCACUUCUUGUAUUAUCAGCAUCCUUUAUAAGGGCCACAUUUUUUCUGCAUUAAACCCUUUAUUUGCAUUCACUGAAAACAUUUAGCAUUAAGGUACAGUCAGGAACUAUAACUACUAGCUUGGACAGCUUAUUUUAGCAUGUAAAAUUUUAACAGUGCCAUCAUAAUGCGGUCUCUCCCUUCCUGUUUUUGCAAUAUUUCUCUCAUGAUCUUUCAGCAGGAAAGUCAGUAGCUGUAUGCUGCUUUUCUUCUGCCCGUCUGCAGGCGGCUAGUUGCCUUCCAACACAGAUGAGCUGUCUUCAGGGGUCUUAUGAAUGUGAAGCACUCCCUGUGUUUCUGUUGAUAGCACUCAUGCUGUGCCCCCGCUACACCCGCUUGUACAUCCAAUGACGAGGCAAAGACAGAGCGGUGGAUGAAUAUCAUCACUCCUGUUGUUUUCACUUGCUUUGUAAAUAAUUUAAAAUAGGAGGGGAUUUAUGAUCAAAGUUCAUUCAAACUACCAAUAAUUGUACAGGUGUAAAGUCUCCUGUUAACAUAUUUAAUAAUCUUUGUUACUGACCAGUUUGUUUGAGGGGGGUCUUCUUGUUUGUGUGCUAGAUUGGCCCUUGAUGACGGGCGAUUGCAAGUGUCUCCUUCCUUAUUUAUUUGUGAUUUGGCCUUGAAAAUAAUGUAAUG